GCGCUAUAGAUGGCAGUAUGUUCCCGAGAGCAGAGAUCAUAUCUGCCGAGAGCGAGUAGUUCGUAACACUACUACCAUCUGAAUCACGACGGUGGCAACCAGUGGCAACACUGCUGGUAUAUCGUAUGCAUUCACCCACGUCUACUCUGGAAAAUAACCUUGUAAAAGGUUUGUUUUCGCUGAAAAAUAUUUCAACGGCGUAGUAUCAAAAGUAAAAAUCAGAAUGGGCGGAGGAGAUUUGAAUUUAAAGAAAUCAUGGCAUCCAUCCACAAUGAAAAACAUGGAAAAAGUAUGGAAAGCGGAGCAGCAAGACCACCAAGAAAAGAAACGAAUAGCUGAGUUAAAGAAAGAAAUUGAAAUGGAAAAGGAUCGAGAAGAUAUGACAAAAUAUGCAAUGGAGCAGGGUGUCAUUGAAAAAAAGGAUGAAAAAAAGCUGGAUUGGAUGUAUAAAGGCCCAAAUCAAAUGGUUAAUAGAGAAGAUUAUCUACUUGGCCGACCAAUAGACAAACCUUUUGAACAAAUGGCUCAAACAGAAAAGGAUGCAGAACAAAAUAGAAUGCCUAAGAAUCAUGUAGAAUAUGAAUGUAUACCACCAUCACUGAGAUUUUUCUCUGGAGACGAACAAGUUGAUUUAGCAAGGAAGUUACAAGAAGACCCAUUAUAUGCUAUUAAGAAAAAGGAAAUGGAAACUCGAACUCAACUUUUGAAGAAUCCUGUCAAAUUGAAGCAAUUGAAAGAAUUAUUAGAGCAACAGACCAAGAAAAGCAAGACUGAAAAGAAAUUAAAGAAAGGCAAGAAGAAGAAAAAGCAUAAGUCCGACAGUGAAGAAAGUGAUAGUAAUGACUUAGAUAGCUUGUUAGCUGCAAAAUAUAAAAAGCUUAAGGAUCAGAUUAAUAAAAAAGAUUUAUUAAAGUCUGUGAAGAAAACCCAGAAGGAUAAGAAAUCCAAAAGUAAAAGAAAAUCUGUUAGUAGUAGCAGUAGCAACAAUGACAGCAGCAGCAGUAGUGAUAGCGACAGUGAAGAUGACGAGGAGUCAGUAUUGAAGCAUAAACUAAAGAGGAGACGGAAUAGGAGUUGUAAUGAUGAAAAUAAAAGUAAAGAAAGAAAAAUAAAUAAGGUUAAAAAUGAUCAUCGAAACAUUGAAAGUACAAAAGUAUCUAAACGCAAAAAGCACAAGCAAAGGAAUAGUACUAGCAGUAGCAGCAGUGACAGCAGUGAUAGCAGUGAUGAAGAUGUAGCUCCCAAAUCAAAGCAGAAGUUUAAGAAAAUAAGUAGGCACUUUGAUGAUAAACAGUAUUCUUCUGAAAGUAAACGACAAGAGGAUUCAAAACAUAAACCAAGCCAUUCCCAUGAAAAGAAACAAAGAAAUACAUCUAUUCAUAAAUUAUCCAAGAAACAUUCACCUAGUGACAGUAGUGAUGAAGAUAAUCGAAAAAAAAGCUCAUCGAAAAAGAAUUUUGGAUUAGUUAGACCCGAUGGAACGAAGAUUCCAUUACAAACCUCAAAACACAAACCCAUAGAAUCUGUAAAUACACAUCAUCAAAAGAACGAGAGAGAUGAUUAUGGGAAACAUCAACAGAAGCGGAAAACACUCACCGAGGAAGAAAAGGAAAGGAGGAGGCAGGAGAUGAUGGCGAAUGCUACAUGGCGGGAGAAAGAUAGGGAGAGAAACGUCAAACGAUAUCGCCAGGAAGAGGAUAAAGAGGCAGCUGAUAGUACCUACAAUAAGGACUUUAUCAGGAAGCAAUUGGCUGUUGCUGCAGAAGUAGGUACAGUUGAAUCAAGAAUUAAAGCAAAUAUAAAUAAUAUUCAACGUUCCCGUCGAGCAAUGGACACAAAUUUUGCACGGCGAUAAGUUUACUUAUUACCGUAUGUAAAUGCUAAUUUGUU